AUGAACGAGGAUCGUCAAAGAGAUAAAACUGUUCGCUCUGCAAUUUUUACUGGCAGGUAUUCAAAAGAAAACAGAACAGUAUUUGUGUUUAUACCAGUUAUUGGGACUCAGUUACUGGCUGACUUGUUUUUGGAAUUUAGGAAGAGUGAAGACAGGAAACAGAAUAGAAGAAACAAUCAAGAAAACUUCCUUGGCUUCAAUGGCAAUCAGGAAUUAUUUCCCUGUGAAGUCUGUGGAAGACGCUUUGCAGCAGAUGUUCUGGAAAGGCAUGGACCAAUACGUAGAAAACUGUUCAACAAAAAGCGUAAACCUUUCAAUUCCUUAAAACAAAGAUUACAGGGCACUGACAUUCCCACUGUGUGGAAGGCUCCUCAAUCCAAGCCUCAACCCAUGAGAAAAUCUAACUGGAGACAACAACAUAAAGACUUCAUUACUGCGAUUCCAUCAGCAAAGCAGUGUACACUAGCCAUUAAAGAAGGCCGGCCUCUCCCACCUCCAUCCCCUCCGUCCAUCAGCCCAGAUUAUAUUCAGUGUCCAUAUUGUAUGAGGAGAUUUAAUGAAACUGCAGCCAGUCAACACAUUAAUUUCUGCAAGGAUCAGUCUUCUCGCCGAGUCUUUUAUCCAGCCCAGACAGCAGCCAAAUUGGCAACCAGGGCGCAGGGUAGGGUUCAGAUGAGUCCAAAAAGAGGAACGACUGUAACCAGUGCUGUGGGAGCUCUGCUGCAGAACAGGGCCCUGGAGGCCAGUGUGGUCCCAACCAGGCCAGGAUUAGCAGUGGACCCUGCUUCUGGAGCAAAACUCAGACAAGGAUUUACUAAAUCUAAAAAAAGAUUAACUCCUAGAGGCCAGGAAAGGGGAAUGAUUUUUCAUUUUGACCUGGAAGGUUACUGCCCUGUCCCUUUUUCCAAACAAGGACAGUUCCCUGAGAUUGACACUCAAUAGGACUGCUAUGAAGUUGGAGACUUUUUGAUAUGUGAAUUGUUAAAACAAUUAAAAUUUUAAGAGGCCUAUAUUACUUAACAUUCUCAAUGUGGAAACAACGAAGUUCUAAAGUAAAUACCUUUUCUUUCUGCUUUCAGACUGGCUCCCUAAGAGUCCUCAGCCUGGAUGGCUGUGUACCCAGGAAAGCCACCUAAGGGGAAGGAUGGGGAGGCAUCUAUUUACAUGCCCGUGAUUUCUCUUGAGACAUCAUGUAGAACAAGUAAAAACUAGCUUCAAAUUUUCUUAUCUACUCCCUUCAAAAUUUUCCCCCCAAGUCGUUAAACAACACGUCAACCUGUAUGAUAAUGCUUGAUUUAAAGAUUCAUUUGAAGCUUUUUUUUUUAAGUGGACAUUUAAUAAGCUUUUAAAGAAAAUGUUGCUUUGCUAUUAGAAACUUUUAGUGAAACAGUCUUUGGUGUACUAACACUAUUGCUUUCUAGGAAAAUCAUUUUUUACCUAGCUUUAUUCUAUAUAAUAGCUGUGAAAUGUCAGCUUUGUUAUUUGCUUCUAAUGAACAUUAAACUAUAAUUAGUAACCAUUCCUAUUUUAAAUGUCCAUCUGUAUACCAUGUAUAAUUGUCUCACACCAGUGUACACAGUUGCUUGUGGGGGAACACUACAGUGGAAGGAACAGUAACCUUCCCACCCUGUGGAGAGGAUGCUCUAAGUGGCCUCAGGCCAUUUAUUUAUCAUGGCCAACUUGGAAGUCAACUGUUCAUUUCACCAUUGGUUUAUGUAGCUCUGUUGGGAGGUGGUGUCUCAACUAUUUUUUUCCCUUGGUCAUCUUAAGUGUUAGUAAACUCUUUUUGUAGAGUCAUUUAUACUUAACUCUUGCUUUUUAAUCUAAGAAUUUUUUUAUCUUUUAUUAAACUCAGGGAAUUUUAUUUAGGAGUAAGCCAUUUUUUUCUAAUUAGGAGAAUACCGACCUACUCCCACCUGUGGUACAGCAAACAUGACAUCUGAAAGUCUUACGAUCUGUAUUUUGGGAACUAAAUGCUAUGUUUUAUGCUCAGGUAAAUCAGGUAUGUGUUCUGGAAUUGACUGAAGACUCGUAAGCCACAUAAAAGUAUUUAUGGAACCUUCUGUAAAUGGAAUUUGGGAAGCUUGAGCUGAGGGGAGCUGCCACUCUACCACUCUCCGCUUGCUCUGAGAGAUUGCCUUCCCUUGGAGAGCUGAACUCAGAAUAGUGCUAGUCACUCAGAAGGAGCUGGUCUGGCUUCUCACCUACACCGAUCCCCUGCAUGUAUGCUUUAAACUCAUUCUCCCCAGCUGCUGCUUUAUGAGAGAUGACCAGUGUCCAACAGAACUUUCUGUGACGGAAAUGGAUGGCUAUCAAAAUGUGACACCGAGAAACUGAAAAUUUUCUUAUUUAACUUUAAGUAGCCACAGGAGGCUAGUGGCUGCUGUGCUGGAAGACACAGGGCACUCUCAGUUUCACUGUGGAAAGAGACGAAGGCGAGGCUACCCUUUCCUUCAGGCACAGCUAUGCCGCUCAUUUGCCCUCAGGCGUUUCCCUGAAGCACCAAAGGUAUUUAUGUAGAUCCAGUCAUUUGUUUUACGAAUACGGUAGAAAGAUUCCCUACUUCAAAUUCCAGCUCACCCCUUUGUUAGCUGUCCUGAGUUUCAGUUUGUGUUAUCUAUCUGAUGCAUGUAAAUGAGCUGGUAGAAACAACCAACUGAAACAAGAUGGUUCUGAAAGUACCCUGUAAUCUAAAAACACCACACAAAUACACGGUAGCAUUUAUAAACACUGGGAUUAAAAGCAGAAACCAUCAGCUGCAAACUGGCACGUGGUUCUAACCACUGAGCUAUGGAUAUAACAGAAAAGAGACACACGUUCUCUCCUAUGUAUGCUUCACCAACCGUUUCUCAUAGUGGGAGGACCCAGUAGCCUGGAUAAUACACAUGCUCAACACACACAGGACAUACGAGGUUGCAAGUAAAAACUGGCCCGAGCUCUUUGUUUCUCAACAGAUACCAACUUUGAUUGCUCACCAACGCACCAAGCAUACAAAGGAAAAAUAAGAUUUAUUCAAGAAAAAAGUACCUGCCUUUAGCACUGAAUAAAGUUUUCCCAGAUGCACUUUCCAGCCACUUCCCUAGAUUCAGAAGUCCAACAAGCUGUAGACCUCAUUACCUUUCCCUCUCGGGCCUUCAAAGACGGUGGGUAUAUAAUCAAGGCGUUUUAGACGUGGCCAUACUGUAUUUAAAUGUGAGACAUUUCCUCCAACUCUUUCCCCAUUAAACUUGCAAAGAACAACAACAAAACAUUAAGUCACUUAAGCAUUUUUGUACUUAUUAAACUUAUUGCAUUAAUGCCUUUGCCAAGACUGUUACCUUUCUGAGUUUUGGUCUCUGUGUUAAAAUACACCUAGUCCAACCCUAAGUGCAAAAUUGGUCCUCAAAUGUUGAACUGAAUUAAUUUAUAAUAGUAAACAUUCCUCAGUUUCUUCAGGAAGGCUUUCUUUAAUGAUGAACUCAAAUUCACAACUAGUUAUAACAUUUCAUUCACCAUAACUCUGUAUUUUGUUAAUAUGAAUCUUCAAAUAUAAAUAUUUGCACUGUUUUCAUGAUACAGUCACAAACUAUUAUAAACACAGUCUUCCCAACAGAUUAUAAAUUCACUGUGGCUGAGGAUCAAAGCCCAGCUAUUUUUAAAAAAUAAACUGUGUGGAUACUACAGCAUCUCCCAUCACCAUGUACUUGACCACAGUACUGGCUGGCUGCUGCUGAUUCCAAUCUUUGGUUGAAACCUGAUGAGCUUUCUGGCCACCACGCCCUUAAAACAGACUUGUGAUUAACUUUCUAUUAUUUGGCAAACCUCCAACAGUCCUAACGGAGAACUAACAAAGGGAUGGUCCUGAUGAUAGUCCGUUCUGUAACUUGACAUGCAGAUUGCAUUUGAGUCUUAAAUAUGGUAAUAGUUCAACACCUGUCACCCUGGAAAGAUAGUAAGUCUUCCCCCAAAACAUCUCAGGACAUAAUUUUCAAUCCCCUUGAUUCUAAAAAUACUGAGUGAGUGAUACAGAUCUGCCAGUAUGCCAAAGAAGGCUUGUGCCAUCUGCUUCAUUCUGUUCAUGCUGAUUAUUUUGGGGAUGAGAGAGCAUCAGAUUGGAAUAAGAACAUAUAUAUAUGGCAACAGCCAGGAAGGACUGUGUUCCCUGAGGGCUGAUGGUAUACGACGGCGGAGGGAGAGGUCAGGGCACAAGUGUAGUUCCAGGACGUCCCCAGUGCUGCGUAACACAAUCAGCUAAUGGGAGACAAAUGUUUUACAACAUUCUCAAAAUAAACUAUGACUUCUGGCUUCUAUUUCCAUUGUCCCCAGUGACACGAUGCAAGGCCCAUUUCUGAGAGGAAACUGAAUUUCCAUUUUUAGUCUCGCAACAUGGGAACUCAAGUUCUUUUCUUGACUCCAUUCAUCACUCCUUGUGGACAAGAAGGUUCUACUCUGGACUUUUCUCUCUCCUAGUCCUGAAACCUGGGAUUGCUUUUAUAUAUAUGUGUUAAGGCCAGUUUUAAAAGGGCCUCUAAUAAGCUUCUGUUUCUUCUUACACUCACAAAAUAUGAAAGAGCCAAUCAUGGAGCAGGGAAGGUGGAAAUGCAUUGUUUAUUUGGCUCCAGGAGGCUCCUAGAGAGGGCGCUCCCCUCAAUAUUUGAAGGACUCUGAUAGCAAGUCUCUAUCAUCUAUGAAAAAACCAUCCAGAAACAUCAGCUGGAGGAAGCAGCUACUCAGAACCUCCAGGUGGUUGCUACUUGUUUUUCAUUAUGCGCAUGCAUUGUAAAACUUGUUAGGUGUUGUAUCUGAGCAAGCAUGGUGUUAGAAGAGUUGGGGCUCAUUAUAUGUCUCAUCAGCGAAAGAGGAGCUCUUGGGACUGGACUAGUAACCUGGUUGAGGAUUACAGAUGUGAAGCUUGACGAGUACCCUACCAGAUGGCUGUGGCUGGGUUUUCAACCUUAACUGAGAACAGGGGUUCGUAAGUGGGGCCCAUGGCAGAGGUUCCAGGGCCCAUGGCUGAGAAUUCUCAAAUAGUCUGUGCAAAAUUAGGAGGCAUGUGUAUUAGAGUUCUUAAGAGGAGAGGGACCAUAGCUUUCUUCAGAUUUUCUAAGGAGCUCUAGAUUUAAAGAGGUUAAAGGACACUGACUUAGAUGAAAAAAGGGGAAAUCCCUCUUGGUGCUAUCAAUUCAGUUUCACAAAGUCACUGAUAUUUCCUAAGCGAUGGACCAUAUAUUUGGUGCCUCAGUCACUGCAUUUUAUCAGGUUAAAGUAAAAAAAAGAGG